AGGUUGCAAAUGACAAACUGCACAUCCUCCUCUCAGUCUCACGCAUCAGGAGGCCAUGGCGAGUACUACCUUUCCCAUACGGACCCUCUUGACCCCCAAGCUGUCCUUGCCACCGCACGGCCGUUUUCUCCGCAAGGCUGCUGCUGCGGCUGCCCCAUGGCCACGGAGCGCGCGGAUCAGAGCGACGAGAGAAGGCGAUGCUGCCGCCGCAGCGACGACAGAUGAGGGAGCAAAGGCCAGGAAGGAGGAGAGGAAACGAUGCCUGCGGUGCGGCGCCCUGUACCUGGACGUGGAGAACUCCCGUGCGGCAUGCGCCUUCCAUGGCCACAUCACCGGUGAGAAGGGGCUGUUUUCGCUGUCGCCGCCGCACCAGGGGAUCGACGGCGAGUGGAGCGACAAGAGCGGGGUCAUCGUCUACAGGUGGAACGACCGUGGUGACCGCCCCAACACCGGCCGUGCCAACUGGAAGGGGAGGUGGAGCUGCUGCCAGGAGCGGGACGAGGAAGCGCCGCCGUGCCGCCGUGGGUACCACGUCUCCUACGACGAUGGCUUCACUCUCUUCUAGCCACGAUUCGCCAUAUGUUCUGAUAAGCUAGAUAUAGAUAAAAGCUGUAAUUAGGGAGGCAUUUCGAGCAUCUACAGUCACGAUGGGCUAAUCCACGGAUACUAAGGAAAUACGUCUUAUAUUUGCUACUCUGCAUCCGCUUAUCUCACAUCGAACAUUCUAUAUUCAUACUAUGUAUGCAA